AUUAACUGCAACCCCCCCGUGGCCCACCCCACCUGUCCGCAGGUGUUCCUGGUGCUGACGCUGCAGCUGACCGUCACCUUCGCCUUCGUCACCGUCUUCACCUUCGUCAAGGGCGUGCGGGGCUUCGUGCAGCGCAACGUGUGGACGUACUACGUGUCCUACGCCGUCUUCUUCAUCUCCCUCAUCGUCCUCAGCUGCUGCGGAGACUUCCGGCGCAAGCACCCCUGGAACCUCGUGUCCCUGUCCAUCCUGACCGUCAGCCUGUCCUACAUGGUGGGGAUGAUCGCCAGCUUCUACGACACCGAGGCCGUCAUCAUGGCCGUGGGCAUCACCGUCGUCGUCUGCUUCACCGUCGUCAUCUUCUCGCUGCAGACCAAGUAUGAUUUCACCUCGUGCCGGGGCGUUCUCAUCAUCUGCCUGGUCGUGCUCAUCCUCUUCUCCAUCCUCUGCAUCUUCAUCCGGAACCGCAUCGUGGACAUCGUCUACGCCUCGCUGGGGGCCCUGCUCUUCACCUGCUUCCUGGCGGUGGACACGCAGCUGAUCCUGGGGAACAAGCAGCUGGCGCUGAGCCCCGAGGAAUACAUCUUCGCCGCGCUCAACCUCUACACCGACAUCAUCAACAUCUUCCUCUACAUCCUCGCCAUCAUCGGCAGGGCCAAGGAGUAACCGCGGCCCCCCCCCCACCCCGCUCGGGACCCCCCUCCCCGUAGCCGGUUUUGUUCUCUCAUCGCGUUCCCCGGCGGUUCCUGCCCCGCGGGGCCCCCCCCGUUCCUCCCCACCGUGAUCACGGUUCCCCCCCUUGCGUUGAACGCGGACUGGAAGCACUUUGGAGCCCCUCCCCCGUCCCCGUGUCCUGUCCCCUCCCCGUCCCCGCUCGGGCAGCGCAGGCAGGGGCGGUGGUGGCACUGCAGACCCCCCCGAGCCGCGGUCCCUGCCUGUGGCACCUCCAGACGCCCCCCAGCCACCGCUCCCGCGUGGAUGUGCCACCACAAGCCCUGGAGCCACUGUCCCCGUGUGUCCCCAGAGCCCCCCAGCACCCUCAGACCCUCCUGCUCCGAGCCACGCUCCUCUCACGGAGCCACUCCCCGACCCCCCCCCAGGCCACCAGCCCUGCCUGUCCCCACCCCCAGACCCCUCCCGCCCCCUCCCCAUCCCG